AUGAAGAAAAAUAAAAGCAAUAAUAAUUCCGUUAAGAAAAAUACAUCGAAAACUGUCAACGUGAAAGCAUCUGAAAAAAACAAAGAGGUUAAGAUUGAAUCUCUGGAUGAAGACAACCAAGGAUUUGGAGGAUGGUUGAGGUCCGAUGACGGUCUUGAGAACAUGAAAUUGUUUGUAAUAGCAAACAGUAUUGUACUGCUUACUACUCUGGUGUACCCGCAUCUUCGAACCGCGAUAGAAAUAUUAGGUGAAAUGGUGUACGGCGUGCAGGAAGACUUUUAA